AUGGCACCACCAGCAAAAUCCUCUCUGCCGGCUUCGCCCGCUGCAGCUCCGUCUCCGUCACUUAUUUCUGCGGCAUCACCAUCCUCAGCGGCGCAACUGAUCCAAUCCAUACCCCCAUGGAAGCAUAGGAGAGGAUGGGAUGCCGGCAUUCCCCCUAUUCUCCGGCCGCUGGUGCGGGCUUACCUCUUGGGCUAUGCAAGUACGGUAGCACCGAGACUGGCCUCGCUGCUAAUUCAGCACCUGACGCGCCUGUUCAAGAAACACUACGACACACCAAAACAAGAGGCAUCAUCACCAUCAACAAAACAGCAGUCAACCGACACAUUCCUUGCGUCGCUCAUACGUACACUCAAGGGGGGUUUUGAUUGGCACAGGUUCCCCACAUUCUGUGCGCUGCUGGCAGGCGGAAGCACGUUGCUUGAGGUGCCAUUGAAAGCGGCAUUUGACCGUCUCGCCAAGAACCUACCUGACAUUGCCAAAAGAAGGCUAGCAAGGUUCAUCGCCUCCUUCACCUCAGCCUACCUCUCCCUCGCCAUCCUCCAAUCCAAACCCACCUCCUCCUUCACCACCACCACCACCAACCUGGACGGCACCACAACCCAAACCCCCCUCGCCGGCCGCACCCUCGACCUCACCCUCUUCGCCCUCACCCGCGCCAUCGACGUGGUAAUCGGCACAGCAUGGAACCUCCACCGCCAGCGCCGCCAGGCAUCCAAUAAAUGGACCCGCCUCGAAUCUCUCAUCUCCAACGUCACCGACCCAGCCAUCUUUGCCCUUUCCUCCGGAAUGGUAAUGUGGUCCUGGUUCUACUACCCUUCCUCCCUCCCCCGCGCCUACAACAAAUGGAUCGACUCCGCCGCCGCGGUAGACAGCCGCCUGAUCCAAGCCCUGAAGCGUUGCCACGACGGCACCCUCCGCUACGGCGAGGAGACGGGGCAAGCGGAGUUGCUCGGGUCGAUGUGUAAAGACUACAACCUGCCAGAAGUGUGGGGUGAUCCGGCCAGGUCGAUCCCUUUUCCAUGUGAGAUUGUUCACAUGGGCUGUGGACCGAGCUGUGAAUACCAUGCCCUCUCCCGCUUUGUCAGGUCGUUCAAGUGGGCUAUGACGACUUACUUGCCGCUGUCCCUGCUUCUCGCCUUGAGGAACCCAAGCAAAAAGGCGUUUAGACGGGCGGUCCUGUCAGCUGCUAGGACGUCGACCUUUUUGGGGACGUUUAUCACACUUUUUUAUUAUGGGGUGUGCUUAGCCCGGACGAGGAUCGGGCCGCAUAUUAUUGGGAAGGGGAUUAAGGAAAGGAAUAUGAUUGAUGGGGGGAUUUGUGUGGGCACGGGGUGUGUGCUUUGCGGGUGGAGCAUUUUGAUUGAGAAGGUGGGGAGGAGGAAGGAUGGGGGGUUGUUUGUUGCUCCGAGGGCGAUGGCUACGUUGUUGCCGAGGAAGUAUGAAAAGACAAAGGAGUGGAUGGAGCGGGUGGUGUUUGCGGGGAGCACAGGGGUUGUUUUUACUUGUGUGCUGGAGGAUCGGGGGAGGGUGAGGGGGGUGCUGGGGGGGUUGUUGGCUGGGGUGUUGAAUCAUUGA